AUGGCUCGAAAGAACCCAGAAAGUCAAAACGCUCACUGGAACCCGCCGCUUUACGAGGAAAUUGAAUCACAAUACCCAGCCCAAGUACCCGCUCCCAACCCAGACACCGCUGCAACCGGCCUCUGCAAAUUUGAUACGAUCUUCAUCAUAGAUGACAGUACCAGCAUGAAGGGAAACCGCUGGGAAGAACUCGAAAAAGCCAUUGCCGUCAUCACCCCACUAUGUACUCAAGGUGACGAAGAUGGGAUAGAAAUCUACUUCCUAAAUCACAAUCAGGUCUAUGAGAAUGUCAAGAAAACAGAGAAAGUACAGGAGAUCUUCUCAGAUAUACAUCCUGAUGGAUGGACACCCGUCGGGGAGGUACUGAGGAAAAUCCUGGAGCCAUACCUGGCGCGUGUGCAGAAUAUGCAAAGAUAUCGUCAAAGCCACUGGCAAAUAACAGAAGUCCCCGCGAGUGUCAAUGUCAAGCCUUUGAAUAUUAUUGUCAUCACGGAUGGAGCGUUCACGGAUGGCCACAUUGCGCAGGAUACAAUCUUCCAAACGGCCUCUGCGCUGGAUAAAUGUGAUCCUCCCGCGAGAAGUGAUCAGUUGGGUAUCCAGUUCUUUCAGAUUGGGGAUGAUGAAAAAGCGAAGAAGUUUCUGGAGAACCUGGAUGAUAAUUUGGGUAAGAUUUGUGGGCAGGAGAAGAUGAGGGAUAUUGUGGACACAGUAACUUGGGAAGAGACGGAGUGGUGGAGAAGCAAGAAGGAGCCGACGUUAGAUACGGAAUGGCUUCUGAAAGUUGUUUUGGGGGGUGUGAACAAGGUUUAUGAUCAAAAGACUCGGAAGAGUCGAAAGAAGUGGUACCAUGCAUUUAGAAGAUAG